GCGGGGCUGGCGGGCCGGCCGGAGCAAUGGGCGAGCGCGGGCAGGGCGGCCGCGGGCUGUCCUGGGGGGCGGUCGCCGGGCUGGGCGUCGUGGGCUUGUUGUGCGUGGGCUUCGGGCUGCUGCUGGCACUGGUGAUGCCCAGACUGUUGCGGGAGCAGGUCACCCAGAACACGAGAAUUGAUCCCAGCAGCUCCAUGUACAGCAUGUGGAAAGACCUUCCCGUGCCAUUCUUCUUUUCCUUCCAUUUAUUUGAAGUGAUGAAUUCCAAGGAAAUUCUUUUAGGAGCCAAGCCGAUAUUGAGUCAACGUGGACCUUACGUGUACAGGGAACACAGGCAGAAAAGGAACAUCACUUUUCACAGUAACAAUACCGUCUCCUUUUUGAACUAUCGAUCGUUUGUCUUCGAACCGGACCGUUCCAAUGGGUCAGAGUCCGAUUACAUCAUUUUCCCGAAUAUCUUGGUGUUGGGAGCAGCUGUAAUGUUGGAAAACAUGCCAUUUGCCCUGAGGUUGACCUUCAGUGGUGCUCUAACCUUCUUCAGAGAGAAGGCAUUCAUAAACCGAACUGUCAAGGAGGUGAUAUGGGGAUAUGAUGAACCCUUCACUCAGUUCUUGAACAACCUUGGUGUCCCCAUAGUUCCAUUCAAAGAAAAAUUUGGCUUGUUUGUCAAUUUAAACAAUUCCCACAUGGGUCUCUUCACUGUGUAUACGGGCUCUGACAAUAUUUCCAAAGUCCAUACGAUGGAUACUUGGAAUGGAUUAAAAAAGGUACCAUAUUGGCAUUCCGACCAAUGUAACUUGAUUAAGGGAUCCGCAGGAGAAGCAUGGCCGCCGUUUAUGACUCCCUCUUCGCCGGUGGAACUCUAUGCUCCUGAUGCCUGCAGGUCCAUUAAAUUAAACUACACCAAAACUGAAAAAUUCCAAGGCAUACCGCUUUAUCGCUAUACGUUGCCAAAGACCCUGUUUGCCAAUGGAACGGUCUAUCCACCCAACGAGUGUUUUUGUCCAUGCCGCCAAUCCGGAAUCCAGAACAUUAGCUCCUGUCAAUCAAAUGCACCGAUAUUUAUUUCUCAACCUCACUUCCUAAAUGCUGACCCAUCAUUACUGGACGCAGUAGAUGGUUUGCAUCCCAGUGAAAAGGAACAUGAACUCUUUGUCGAUAUACAUCCGCUGACGGGGAUUCCCUUGAACUGUUCAGUCAGAAUUCAACUGAAUCUCUUCACGGAGCAGGUCCCUGGUGUCUGGCAAACCGGACAGAUAAAGUCUAUGGUGUUGCCCCUCUUGUGGUUUUCUGAGAGCGUGGAGGUUGUAGGAGAUGUUUUGGAUUACUUCUAUAUGCGUAUAAUAAUCAUCCCGUCAUUGCUGGAAUACCUGAAGUACUGCCUGGUGGCCCUGGGAGGUCUUCUGCUCUUGACAGCUGGCUCGUUUGGGCUCAGGAGCAAGACAAUGCGUCUUUCAUGGCAGAAGGAUCCAUCCGUUGCAAUACGGAUUCCGUCUGGUUCUGACUUUAGUUAUGGGUAUCAAGGGCCUUUGAGAAAGGCCCCAGCAAGGAUCUUGCGAACACCCAAUCUUCCGGAAGCUUUAGAAACCACCCCACUUCUGCGGGACUCACACAGUUCACAGUAGCAGUGACACAUGAUGAACCUCAGUUCCUCCUCGCAAAGGAUCUUGAGUUCUUUUACCAAUCUUGCUUAUUUGCAAAAGGGGGAAAAUGAAAGGGAACAGAUGUCCCCAUUGGAAACUUAAGGACUGUGCUGCAGCUGGGAAGGAGAUUGAGACCCACAUUCCAGAACAGCCAGCCUACUCCAAGUUGUUUUUCUCAUGCAAAGACACAAAGAACAUUGUGCCUGUUGAUGUUCUGAGUUUGAAGACCAAUGGAGAACCCUUGGGGUGGCUGAGCGAAGCCCCCACUUACUCCCACCAUUGGCCAACAAAGCCUGGAUCUUUCCCAGCUUCUUAUCCCCAGAAAGUCCUUUGAUCCUUCUUAAAGGUGAAAGGCACUUUGUCAUCCGCUGUCAACCUUCCCAGGUGGACCAGACAGGAAACACAACCAGAUGAGCUAAUUCUACUUUAUUGUAAGGCUACAUUAAUAGAAUCUUGCAAGUCUGAAAGCACAGUUCUCCCACCGUCUUCUUUACAACUUGAGAAACUAGGGAGGGUCCCUUCCGAGCCUCUUUCUCAACCCAUUAUGCAGCUGUGGGCUCUGCCUUCUCUUAUCUGACCGUUCCUUAGGCAGCCUUUCUGGGCCCAGUCUCCCAACGUCAUUCCCACAUACCCUUACAGCCAUUUAUGACAGAAAGGGUUACCUGUGUGGCUAUUCAGUGGGCUGUCCAACUGCUGUAUCUGUAGAAGAACCUUAAAUGGAGACUCUUCCCCUUUUCCAAAGGAAAGCUUCCUUACAUGCAGCUGCACCGCUGUGAUUCAAUUCUGGCUCCCCACAGCAAAUGUCAGAAUCGUCUGAGGGUAGACUGUGGCUCCAGGUGCCCUGCCACUGGGCCCAAAACCGACCUCAUUUUCGCUGACAAUCUAUCAGGGUUCAGGAAGCACCAGCAAAACAUCCAGCGAAGCCAGCUGGAAUUAGACACUGUGGAGGGUCUCUUUGUGCAAGGAAUAAACAUUGCCACUGGGCACUCUUGAAAAUCAAUGUGUGGAUCUCUGUUUGUGCUCCACCAUUAAUUCUGCCUCUUUUCAGCAAGCACCUCCUGAUGGAACGCUGUCUUCUUCCAUUUCCUGUAAAAUCUAGCUGGAAACGCAAUGCUUAGGCACGUGCUGUACUUUUUAAAUAUUUGCCCAGGGCAGGAGAAUGAUGGUUAGAUGGUUCCCUGAAUCAGGGCUGCUGUGGGCUUUUUUAUGUCAAUCUGAGCUAAAUUUGGGAGGAGGGAACAGCAGUAAUAGGGAGGGAAGAAAGUGGCUUGCAGUGCAUGGUUCCUUGGGAACUAAUUAGGAUUGGAUUUGAAUUCCACAGUCCCCCCAUAAAGAGGUAGAUUUUUGUCAACCACGAGAUCUAGUCUCAAGGUCCUUUGCGUCUUCGAGAGCCCAACUCUACUUUGCCAAGAGAGAAACGUCAAACGGUUGGCAGCUUUCCACACGUCCUCAAGUUCAGCAGCAAUACAGCAGUCAGUCACUGGGUGGAGGUGUUGUGUUGUGCUUUUAAAUUACAAUUUACUGUACAGGAAUGCAAACUGAACCUUGAGAGACAAAGGGGAUGUUGAUCUGGGUUGUACUGGAGAAAGUGGGACAUUGGAAAGAAAAAUGCUUGUUGGGCAUUGGAGUGGCUAGCUUGAGAGUUCUCAAGAUGGGCCCCUGGAAGGAUCCAGCCGCUGUGUAUGCGGUCGUGCGUGCGUGGGUAUGAUGGAAAAAAAAUCAGUUACGUUAGCUCAUUGGGGCUGGAUUCCUUGCUGAAGUUACUUACAAUUAGUUUUAAUGAGAUAAUUGCUCUGUGCACGAUCGUGUGGAUGGAUGGAUUCCAGGGCAUGAAGAUUUCAGUGUUCUGGGGUGGGUGGUAAUUGUAACUCAUUCAUGAAAAUCAACUUAAUUAAAGAUGAUUUCAGUGGAA